ACACGGUAGUAGGGGGGCUUGCUUUGUCCAGUUAUUUUAUAUACAGUCUAUGGUGUUCCCCAAAUCACCCGUCCACGUGCACGCGCGUGUGCUCGUUGUAAUUUGAUCAGCCAGUCCCUGGCGCGCAGGGAUGGUCCGCGGCUCUGGUGCUGUGGGUGGUGGCGAGUAUCCGGACAGCCGCAGUAGCAGUCUUGAGCCGAGCCCCGGAGUCUCAGGGCGACAUGAAACUGGAAGCUUUGCUGCUGCUGCUCCUCUGGACGCCGCGCUGCUGGUGCGCGCCGCCGCAGACGUGUCACUCGGGAGAGGAGCUCCUGGCAACAGCUGCUUGCACAGAGCUGAACCUGGGCUACUGUAAUGACUUGGAUUACUCAAGGACCAUCUUUCCCAACAUACUGGGCCACCAGAGUCGCGUGGAAGCUGAGUCAGGAGCAGAGUAUCUCCUCCUGAGUGUCAUCCACGGCCUGCUCAACAGGGAGUGCUCCCCUGAGAUCCGCCUGGUGGGCUGUUCUGUGCUUGCCCCGCCCUGCCAGGACAACAAGAUGGUCAAACCGUGCCACAGCACAUGUGAGGUCCUGAGGAAAGACUGCUCCCAUGCCUUUGAGGCCAUCGAGAUGGCCUGGCCCUAUUUCUUGGACUGUGACCGCUUCUUUGCCAGUGAUCAAGAGGGCUGUUUUGACCCCCUGGCAGGUCUGAAAGCUAAACAGGAACUUGCACUGGCCAGCCUCUCACCUGUGGAGCCCAGUACCAUCAUCCAGUUCACCUACACCUCCAACUCCCAGAUGUACAGCCUCCUGAAGAGGACAGCCGCAAAGUGUUCCCAUAUCUCUCACGUUUACAGCAUCGGGCGCAGCACUGAAGGCAGGGACCUGCUGGUCAUCGAGUUCACCAACAAGCCAGGACAGCAUGAGCUACUGGAGCCAGAAAUCAAGCUGGUGGGAAACAUGCACGGAAAUGAGGUUCUGGGCCGCCAGCUGCUCAUCUACCUGGCCCAGUAUCUGUGCUCCGAGUACAACCUGGGGAACCAGAGGAUCCAAACCAUCAUUAACAGCACUCGCAUCCACAUCCUGGCCUCCAUGAACCCUGAUGGUUACGAGCUGGCCUCCUCAGAGGUAGAGGAUAACAAUGAACAGGACCUCCACAACCAGGAAGGACACUUGUUGAAUGGUUGGACUAAUGGUCGAUCCAACGCCCAAAACAUUGACCUGAAUCGCAACUUUCCGGACCUCACCUCCGUCUUCUACAGGAACAGGCGCAGCCGUCACUACAGAACUGACCACAUCCCAAUCCCAGAUGGCUACUGGUUUGGGAAAGUGGCACCAGAGACCUAUGCAGUGAUGAAAUGGAUCAGGUCCCUGCCUUUUGUUCAGUCUGCAAGCCUCCAUGGAGGAGAACUGGUGGUCUCCUAUCCGUUUGACUUCUCCAGACAUUCACAGGAGGAGAGGAUGUUUUCCCCCACACCAGAUGAGCAGGCCUUUAAGCAGCUGGCGCGCACCUAUGCUGAUGCUCACGCCACCAUGUCCAACAACGACACAGAGAGGUGUGGGGCCUCCUUCUACCGAAACAGAGGUAUCAUCAAUGGCGCUCUGUGGUACAGCUUUGCUGGCGGAAUGUCUGAUUUCAACUACCUGCACACCAACUGCAUGGAGAUCACGGUGGAGCUGGGCUGUGACAAAUUUCCCCCAGAGGCCGAGCUUUACCCUGAGUGGAAGCGGAACAAGGAGGCUCUGCUCAGUUUCCUGGAGUCUGUGCAUCGAGGAAUUAAAGGAGAGGUCAAAGACACUGCUGGUAAUGGAAUAAAAGGUGCAACAGUCUCGGUUAGAGGGAUCAGGAAAGACGUCACAACAGCUGAGGAUGGAGAUUACUGGAGGCUGCUGAACCCUGGCACUUACAUCCUGACAGCCACAGCCAAAGGUUACUCCAAGGUCAGCAAGAGAGUUCACCUGCCUCACCGCAUGAACAAGGCUGGACGAGUGGACUUUGUCUUGGUGAAGGAACCCGUGGAGCCUGAUCUCGAUGACCACCUUUUCCCCACAGUGGACAGCUGGGAUCGAUUUGAUCCCUACAACCAGUUUGAGCGCUACAGUGCUGGGGACGAAGACAUCGGGAGGCAGGAGAAGCCAUGGUGGUGGAACUACUUCUCCCAGUCAGGCAUCUCAGCCCCCACUUGGCUGCUGAGGAACGUUUAGACGGAUUCACUGGAAGUGAAUCGAACGCCGCUGAAGGAGCAAAAGAAGCAGCGUUAGGAAGUGGACCCACAUCCCAAGAGGAGCUUCAAGGCCAAAGUUAUCCGCAAUUUCAUGUUUAAUCUACCCUUAGCUUUGCAGGCCACAGACGUAAUCUUGAACUUGUUGAAUUUUACUGCUUUCUUCUAAAGACGUUCUGCGUUAAGAAAUUAGGUAAUUAUCUGAUCACUAACUGCUGCAGAAAAUAUCUUUGUGCACAGUUUAAAAUAUUUAGAUUUUGUUUGCUUUGUUUGAUUUGUCAUUUUAGUAUUUUUACAAAUUUUUUUAUCAAAAGCUUGUAUUUUAAGCUACUCUACACCAUCACAGUAAGGCCAGAUGAGAUUUUGCUUUCUUUUUUUGCAUACAACCAUUAAUAAAUGUAAAAAUGUUUUUCUGAUGUGUUUUUCUCUGAAAGUGACAUAUGUGGACUGUACAUUAGUGCUCUCACCACACAGUGUCAAUGUUCAAAUCCCAGCUGGGACCUACCUGUGUGGAGUUUGCUUGUUCUCCUCAUGCAUGUGUGUGUGUGUUUUUACAGCUACUCUGGCUUCUUCCCACAGUAUAAAAACAUGCUUCAUAGGUGGAUUUGUGUCUCUAAACCUUUCCUGGUGUGUGUGUGUGGUUGUGCAUCCCAGCAACAGACUGGACACCUGUCCACCCAUACCCGACAGUAGUUGAGUUGGUUCCAGGAACCCCUGUAAGGGAUUUAGUGGGUUCUGAAGAUGGAUGGGUGGACACAUCCUCCUCAGAGUUGAAUUAGUUUGUCUGUAUUUCUGUGUUCUACUUUCAUCACCAGAGGGUGCCAGAGAAUCACUUAUGCUGGACUGUAAUUGUACUGAUGAUAAAAAUGUAUUCUAACACAAACCCUUAUGAUGAUGCUGAUAACAUGACUUAAAUUAAGUCAUUUUAUAUGUCAUUUUAGAUUAUUUGUGUAAAAGAAAACAAUUCAAAUCCAAACAGUCUGAUUUAGAUUCCACCUAAGUUUCAGUUCACAAAUGCGUCUGGGUCUAUGAGGCAUUUCUGCUAAAUAUGAUAAACACAGCGGUGAUGCGGUCAAACUUACAUAAAUAUUCAGACUGAUUUUACAUUUAUUUUAGCAUAAUUCUGCAAUAAAGCGUAUCAAUUCAGUUCAGGUUUUUUUAUAUGGCCCAAUGUCACGAUGCAAUUAUCUCAGUGGGGUUACUGAUAACUGCACAAAGACUUAAAUUCAGGCAUAAAAUAUAAACAGUAGAUGGUUGCUAAACUAAACUUACUAAGUUAACCUGGCAUCCCUGCCCUUAGACCUUCCUUGUGAGGAAAAACUCAAAAAAAAAAAAAAAAAAAA